GAGUUAAUUAAGCCAAUUUAAUUGUUCCAGGAUAAGAAUGGUUUCACAGUGCAAUAAACCCCCAGUCCUUCCCCCUACACCUCCCCUCUCCCCAUCCUUACCUCCGCUCUCCCCCUCCCCACCUCCCCUCUCCCCCUCCCCACCUCCCCUACCUCCUAAACCGGCAAAUACAGAUCUAAUCUUCGAUCUAGAAAAAGUCAGGUUGGGAAAAUGGAAAAGAAUGCAGACAGAAGAACAGCAACGCCUGAGAGGAUUAAGCCGGAGCCCCACCCCACCCUGUCGUCCUCCAAAACCCCUAAUUCUCAAAAUUGGAGACAACAUCUCACUCUCUGCAGAUUUCCAGGAUUUGACCGUUAUCCCUGACAACUUCAAGAAUGAUAAAGGAAACUUCAAUCCAAAAACAUCUUUCCAGUUACGCUGCGGUUGCAGAACAUCUACCAGUAGACCGUUGUGGAUACCAGACUCAGUUAAACCUAAUCAAGAUAUAAAAAUUCUUGAUCAGGAGAAGAAAAAGAUAAAAACAGGAGUUGACGUCAGGAAAGUUAAAACAGGAGUUGAUGUCAGGAAAAUUAAAACAGGAGUUGAUGUCAAGAAGAUUGACCAAACAGUUACAGGAAGUUCAAGAAGACUGCAGAUUGAUGAUGAGAAUAACAAGGUUCCCUCUGCAGAUUUAUCAAACAUUAACUUCAAUAAUAUCCAUCCAGACCUUGAAAGUCUCAAAGAGGAGAAAAUAGGGGUUAAUGAUAAAAACAUUGAAAAUGAGUCUGAGAGGUUGAAAAGAUUAAGCUUUGCCUCCUCCUCCUCCUCAUUGGAUCUAUCCACUACUUCAUCAAUAACUAUUCAAGGUUCAAGUAAUGAAACCCUGUUUGAUGUUUUCCAAGAUAAUUCUCAAGCUCAUCUUCAAGAAACUAAACUGGAGGAGAUUAAUCCUGCUUCAAAAAUAAACCUUUCCACUCCCUUGAGAUUGAAAUGUUCGAAUAAAAAUACCGAGAGCAGUUCAAAUUGUCGGAAUAAGAAUAAAAAGAAAAAGGAACUUUUGGCGGCAAUAUGGCGACGUGUUGAUUUCUGGCGAUGUAGAAAACUUGAAAUCGACAGAGAAAUUAAGGAAAAUGAAGAAAUAAGACAAGACAUUGAAUAUAAGUUGCAAGGAUUGGCGAGGACUAGUGAGAGUAUAAAGUUUUGUAGUUUAGUUCAAGAUAUUGAUAGAAUAACUAAACUGAUGCUUAUCCUCUCAGGUUGUCUGGCGCGGUUAGAGAAUAAUCUCUACUAUUGUGUUGAAGCUGAUAUUAGUAUUAUAUCAAGGAAGAAGGAGAAAAUACUUCAACAAAUUGAGGAUGCGCGGCAUUUAGAAAGUUUUGUUGAAAGAAGAGCAUCCGAAGUUUGUCAACUAGUGGAAAAAUAUCUUCAGUCUGCUGAUAUUGUUAAAUAUAGGAGGUUUUUGAGUAACAAGACGAGACUUAUAGUCGAGGGAAGAGAAACAGAGGAGAGAGUUAGAUUAGCUCUGCAGCAGAUCAAUAUAAUACAAGGGCAAUCACAAAUGAACUUGAGAGAUGAAAUGAAUUACAGGUUGCAAUCAUUCACCAAAUUCUAGAAUUCAUUCUUCUGGAAGAUUCAAAUGAAGCAUUGGUACGAAGUUUUCCAAAUUCUAAAAUCGAAUAAUAUCGAAUCACACAGGUCUGCCGCCUUAGUAAUUGUACGGUCCAAACUAGGAACUCAAAGUUUGGUCCAGCUCGGAU